GGCUGACAUCACUACAACAAUGUAGAGCGUUGAUUCUCUAGAUUCGACAUUUAGGGUUUGGGUAGAGGAGCGAAUCCAUGGCGGCAGCAGUGAGCGUAGCCGCGACGCCAGUUCCUUCGACGAUCGCCGGGCCUGCGGAUCUCGUGGAAUUCGUGGACUGGUCCAUGGUAGAAUGCCUAAACGAGAGCGCAAAUCACACGCACGCGAACGCGCUCAAGAAGGCAUACAGAGAGGACGACGAAUUGUAUCUCGAGAGUGAUACCGACGAGCAGCUGCUGCUCUACAUUCCUUUCAAUCAGGUCGUGAAGCUCCAUUCGGUGAUGAUCAAAGCCCCUGCCGACGAAGGACCAAAGACGGUCAGGCUCUUUGCCAAUCGCCAAAACAUGGGUUUCAGUAAUGUUGGGGAUUUUCCUCCAAACGAUGUGAUCACUCUGACCCCUGAGCAUUUAAAGGGAAAGCCAGUGCUGCUCAAGUACGUGAAAUUCCAAAACGUUCGAAGCGUGACAGUCUUUAUUGAAGACAACCAGAGCGGUGGAGAAGUGACCAAGCUGCAAAGGAUUUCACUGAUAGGAAGCACCGUCGAGACCACGAACAUGAGCGAGCUCAAGAAAAUAAACAACGAGAACCAAUGACCAUUCAUCAUUUAAUUUCUGUACAUCGCGCUGCUAGCAAUUUUUCAAAUAAGUCGUGAGUUCUUUCUUC